AUGUUACAUGGUCUAGAACGGGUGGCGGAGGAGUUGAUGGGUCGAAGAAAAUGGAAACUAUAUCAGGACGCGUUAAUUCCAAAACGGGGGGAGGGCGAACGCUCCAGCGACGAGGAAUCUGUCCACACAGACCCUCCUCCCGCACUCAAAAUCAAGACGAUAGAACAGAUCAACGAGGACGAGGCAAAGGACGAAAGAUCCGAGCGGUCGGACCGAACGGAGCGGUCAUCUGGACCCGACCGGUCAGAAAUAACCGACCGCGCAGACGAGAAGCCCCGUCGUCCGGAGACGAUAUUGGAGUCGUUAAUCAAAAGGCCCGCAACUCAACCCAAAAUGGAGCUGUCAGAGGAACCUUCCGAUUGGAAACCCCAGGACAAGUGCUACUUCUGUACGGAUGGGGAGCCUGUUCCAGAAACGAGGGCAGGUGGCGCCACUAGUCCAGCGUCGGAGUCAGACAGCAGUUCAGUGUCGGGUGCCAAAUCCCCGGCCUCUGCACCUCCGUUGCUACAACAUUUGCUGCAGCUGCAGGCGCAAAAUCCUCACUCUAUAGCACAGUUCCAGCAGAUGAUAGCGGCCCUGGCGGCGUUGGGGAGCGGGCUGGUACCCCCGCCACCCGUUGGGUGGUCUCAAGCUUGGAUGAUACCGAAGAUCGUGCAAAGACCGCAAGCGGAUCGGCUGCCAGAAGUGAGUGAAAAGGCACCAGCGUCUUCGUCUCCCCAUCAAGCGGAACAGCCUCUGGACCUCAGCAAUAAGUCCACCUCCAGCACCAGUGGGACGCCCCCACCGGAUGCUAAGCUCUUUGAUAACAGAUUGAAGCGAACAGCUCAGGAAGCUAGCAACAGCGGCGUGCGUAGAGCCUAUACUGAGGAAGAGCUAUUGUCGGCAGUUCGCGACAUUCAGGCUGGCCGGCUCGGCACCCGCCGCGCAGCUCUACUCUAUAAUAUACCUCGCUCAACUCUACGCAACAAACUAAAUAAAUUUGGCGCCAACCCAGAACCCGUCGACUCAGAACCAGACAGCGAUGACAGAGCUGACUCUCCGCCUUCAGUCAUCCUUAAAAUACCAACGUUUCCACCUCCAGAUGAAAAGAGCCCCUCACCAGCCGGGAUGCCCAUGUGUGCAUCAAGCAUCACUCCUGUCACUCCGGUCGGACCUCCACCACAGCAACCGCUGCUUCUCCCGCACUCUGUCUUUGCCGAUGCACCUUCCACACAACAUCUCUUCACUUCCCUUAGUGACGUCAUCGCUAAAAGCAUCAGUCAGAAAUUCCAGCAACCGCUAGACCGACCUCACCAUCAACCCGGAGAACUUCCUUUCAUGAACGCGGCUAACCGUCACGUAUCAGUCAUAAAGACUCCACCUGAGAAUCAACGCUAUCCCGCACCAGGCAAUUCUAAAGCUGUGCCCAACAAUAAUGGACAACCUGCGACGGGAGGCAAGGGUACGCGACCGAAGCGCGGCAAGUACCGCAACUAUGACCGCGAUAGUCUCGUAGAGGCUGUGAAAGCAGUUCAACGCGGAGAAAUGUCCGUGCACCGAGCCGGCUCCUACUACGGUGUGCCGCACUCCACGCUCGAGUAUAAAGUGAAAGAACGCCAUCUUAUGCGGCCAAGAAAACGCGAGCCGAAACCGCCGCAAGAUAUCAAGCCACAACCACAGAAGCCGCCGCCACCCAAACCGCCAACAAAACCGUUCUCAAACGGAAUGAACGGACCGGAAAGUGCGGGAUAUCCGACCGGAUACUCCUUCUGGGGUGGCGCAGGGUUCGCACCACCACCUGCCCCUGAUCUGUAUGCUUCGCACAUGAUGCGGAGACUUCGAGAAGAGGCACCACCGGCUAAUGGGUCAUUCCUUGAAGGAAUCAUCAGGUCCAGUCUCGAGCGGCCUGCAUUACUGCAGCGGCUCACCAGCGAGCCACGAGUCCCUGGAGAGGCCACACCGGGGCUGCUGAGGCGGUUGACGGGCGAGGACGAACCGCCGGCGCGGCGACAACGCCUCGACAGCUCGGACCAGGCGCUGGCCGCGGAGAUGCGCGACGCCGUGCAGCGGCUGCGCGCCGAUAAGCUGCGACCGCGGAACGGCACGCCCACGCCGCCGCCAGGUGCAGGCCCGGCGAUGGCAGGCCUGGGCAUGGCAAUGGGAGGGCUGGGCCCGUCGCUGGCCGGGUCGGGCCCGCCGCCUCUGCCUGCCGUGUCUCCUGCCCCGGUGCCGCCCGCCGCUCCCCCCGACCGCGCCUAG